AACAAAAUAAAAUUCGCACUCCUUAUCGCAUCAGUGGCAAGUAAGCAAGAUGGAGGAUAACAAUCCGGGAGACAAGGUUUUUCCCGAUACCACCAUGAGAGUCGAGUCCAAAGAGGGUCUGUCGCUUGUCAAAGACGCUUACAUGAGGCAAAUGGAUGUCAUGUAUCAGUGGCCCAACAGUCUGAACCCUUGGCAGGCUGGUGCCAUCAAAUCCAUUUUUUCCAACACCGCCCUCUAUGAUCCUGGACACCCUCUGCAUCCAUGUAAAGAAGGCAUUACGUUAUACCUCGGUUACGAUAAGACCAACCGCCCCCGACUUCUAUUCAGUCUCAAACAAGUCGAAUACAUUCAAUAUUAUAUCAACGCCAUGCGUCUAAGUACUCCUUCCUGGGUUGAAUAUUAUCAACGACGCGCGGAACUUAUAGCCGAUGGAAGUCAAGAAUCGCUGACUGAGCUUGAAGAAAUGGGUGAACCCAGUUACGAAGAUGGGAAGGAUGACUGGGUACCGAUUCCGGACAUGGUUUUGCCUGCUGGGUUGUUCAUCAAAAUUGAAGAAAUUUAUGUCCAAAGUCACUUUCACCUCGGGAAAAUCAACAAGCAGCUUGAGAAGGAUUCCAAACUUGCUGAAAGGCAUGAGCGAAACGGCAUGCCGCUCCCGGUUUUUGACCCCAAACGCUUUGACGCCAUUCUCAGUUUGCCCGUUCCUGAUCCGAAUGCCAAUCCCGACCAGGAGAAAGAGAAGGAGAAGGGCAUGCAGAUACAGGAUGAAAAGGACGAGGGAAAAAUGACAGUGAAACUCCGAGCUCAGAAAGAGCAAGAGGAGAAAAGAAGGCAGGACGAGGCAGAUUGGAGAGAACAAGAGGAGAGAGUGAGGAAACACCGCGAAGAGAUGGAGCGCGAGGCAAUUGAGCGGGAGCAAAGGGCUGAACGAGAGCGAGAUUUGAUGGAAGAGGCAUUAGACAAAGCUGCCGAGUUCAUGGACGGCGAAGCCAAUGAUUCUUCUGCCAACUUUGUAGACGAAGACGAACGACAAGAUCACGAUAAGGUCUCUGCCCGGUACCACAAUGCUUGUCAACGAGCGCUUAUCAUUGCUAUGUAUGGCGGAUGGAAAUAUUUCGAUUCCGAGGAAAAUGAACCCCAGCAAGGGGAGGACGCGGACGGCGUAUUGGAAGAAGAAGAAAAGAAGGUAAACAAAUUGGAAAAGCCUUCACACCUUGGGCGAACUGUUUUUGUGGCUCUGAGCGUGACAAGGUGGGAGAAAGAUCCCAAAGUAGUACUUGAAGUUGGAUGGUCAGCUAUUUACUGGCAGGAGGAUAAAUGGUAUGGCCCUCCUGACGCGCUCCAUACGAAGCCUGAAUUUGAAGAAAUGAGAGACUAUGGCCAUAUCAUUGUGCAAGACCACAUACUGGACAAGCACAACGGAGAGACACGCCCCGAUUAUCGUGACAAGUAUUGUUAUGGGGAUUCGAUUCCAGUGCCCAAGAAUGAGUUGAAGCAGACCCUCAAGGCAAAACUUCAAGAUAUCUGGAAAAAGGGUGGAAAGGGGCCCAUCUUCAUAGUCACACAUACUCCCAAAGGUGAAGAACAUGAUUUUUGUGAUGUAGGCUUAGACAUUACUACCGCCGAUCCUGAUCUCCAUCCGGAUACCCAGGAGAUUUUACCUGAUGAGGAUCCCAAUGCCUCCAACGCAGUCUACAUGGUUAACACCGCAACUCUCUUUGGUGCUAUUGAGGGGGUAGAAUCUUCCUACCUGCCGCCUUCUCCGUCCAAUCCUCAUCCUCUAGUCAUCGCAGGACGCUCGAAGAAGAGUCUUCAACACGCUGCGCUGGUUGUGUUCGGCAAUAGUGAUGAACGUAGAAAACCAACUUUUGUCGGUAAUGCCGGCAACGAUGCUUUUUAUAUUCUUCAACUUUUACUCGCCAUUCUCUUCGGUUCAACACUUGAUGAAUUGAAAGCAGCGUAUGAGGAAGAUAACAUUAAUCCUGAUUUCUUCAAGACUUCUGCAGACCCUACUCGGCCCGAUAAGGUAGAAGAAGAUAAGGUGGAGUUUGUUAGAACCGCGCCCUCCAGGCCACCCGGAUUAGAAGGCUACAUUGAAGUGGAUAGGGAGGACAUGCUACCAGAUGACGAAAGGAUCAUUUAUGACGAUCCCGAGUGGGUAGAGGAAGAAGAUGUUAUAGGUGUGCAUUAUGAGGAUGAUGAAGGGAACCUCUUGCCGCUUUCCCAUGGCCCGGAUCAUGUUGGAAGUGAUGAGGAAGAAAGGACAGAUGUUCUAGAUGCCGUAGACGUUUAAGCCAGGAAGAGAGCUAGAAAGAGGGGAUUCUGUAGAUAACGACUAGUAUCGUUGUGAACAGAUGGGACAUGGAUUCAAAAACUAUGCUGGCAAGCAAACACGUACACAUAUGCAA